UGUUGUUGUUGUUAUUGAUGAGUCGUGGUUGUGCUCCUCAGGUCUGGUGGCUCACAGUGACCUGGACGAACGAGCCAUUGAAGCUCUGAAGGAGUUCAAUGAGGAGGGGGCUCUGCAGGUGCUGGUGCAGUUCAAAGAGAGCGACCUGUCACACGUGCAGAACAAAAGUGCCUUUCUGUGUGGGGUGAUGAAGACCUACAGGCAGAGGGAGAAACAAGGGACGAAGGUGUCAGACUCCACUAAAGGACCCGAUGAGGCUAAAAUCAAAGAACUCCUGGACAGAACCAACUACACGCUGGACGUCACAACGGGCCAGAGAAAGUAUGGCGGGCCCCCACCUGAGUCCGUGUACUCGGGCGCCCAGCCCAACGUGGGAACAGAGAUCUUUGUUGGGAAGAUUCCUCGCGACCUGUUUGAAGACGAGCUGGUUCCUCUGUUUGAGAAGGCCGGUCCUAUCUGGGACCUGCGGCUGAUGAUGGACCCACUGAGCGGCCUCAACAGGGGAUACGCCUUCGUCACCUUCUGCACUAAAGAGGCGGCCAACGAGGCGGUGAAGCUGUGUAAUAACCAUGAGAUCCGCCCCGGUAAGCACAUCGGGGUUUGUAUAUCUGUGGCCAACAACAGGCUGUUCGUCGGCUCCAUUCCCAAGAGUAAAACCAAGGAGCAGAUAGUGGAAGAGUUCGGUAAAGUCACAGAGGGCCUCAGCGAUGUCAUACUCUACCACCAACCCGAUGACAAGAAGAAGAACCGAGGCUUCUGCUUCCUGGAGUACGAAGACCACAAAACGGCCGCUCAGGCUCGCCGCCGGCUAAUGAGCGGCAAGGUGAAGGUUUGGGGCAACGUGGUGACGGUGGAGUGGGCGGAUCCCAUCGAAGAUCCCGACCCAGAGGUCAUGGCCAAGGUGAAGGUUUUAUUUGUGAGGAACCUCGCCAACGGUGUCACAGAGGAGAUCCUGGAGACGUCCUUUAGUCAGUUUGGAAAACUGGAGCGAGUGAAGAAGCUCAAAGACUAUGCUUUCAUUCACUUUGAGGAGCGGGACGGAGCAGUGAAGGCAUUGGACGAAAUGAACGGCGCCGAGCUGGAGGGCGAGCCCAUUGAGAUAGUUUUUGCCAAACCACCCGAUCAGAAACGGAAGGAGCGUAAAGCCCAGAGACAAGCAGCCAAGACACAAAUGUACGACGACUAUUACUACUACCCUCCCCCCCCCCACAUGCCUCCUCCCGUCCGGGGCCGGGGCAGAGGCGGCAACCGGGGCGGCUACUCGUACCCCCCCGACUACUACGGCUACGAUGACUACUACGACUACUACGGCUACGACUAUCACAACUACCGCGGCGGCUACGACGACCCGUACUACGGCUACG